AUGGACAAGUCAAUGAUAUUUCUUGUUUUGUUACUUUUUGUUGUAGCGCCACCGUGUUGCUUGGCGGAUCCACCAUCCCCAACACCACAACCGAAGUACACUGUUCAUCUCAAAGACAAAGAUGUUGAAAACCUUGGAUAUCGUUGUGUAUUUCUAGAAGAUUUAAAUGACAACAUACUUCAACCGGGUCAAGAAACUAAAUUGGAAGUAUAUCCGGGUCUUUCUUAUGUUUGCAAUUUCAAGUGGCAAUCAAAAGACAAAUAUGUUAAGGUGUUCGAUGUUGGUUUUAGUAGUGAUUGCGUUGGAGAGUUUGACAAAGAUUGUAUAUGGGAGGCAAGACGCGACGGUUUUUGGUUUUAUAGUCCUAAAGAUGGUUGGUCUAAAAUGUAUGAUUGGUAG